GCCGCGCAGGGAGCACGCGCCGCACGGAGCAGCUGCAUGCAUAGCGCGAAAAGCGCGGGCGCUACGCCGCGCGCCCUCCGCCGCCCGCCGCCCGCCGGCCGCGUGAGUGCCGACGAUGCCUGUGUGUGACUUGGUUCCUUCGCUUGUGAUUGCGUAAGACAGUGCUUGAGGUUCCUCUGGUGAUCUGUGUGUGUGCUGCGAGUGACCGCGGCCCGACUGCGGACUCCGGCCGCUGACGUGAGCCCGCGAGUGCGCUGGCCUGACAGCACGGAGGCGGCGCGAGCACCAUGUGCGCGUGCGCGUGGCGGCUGCACGCCUUCACCGCCGCGCUCGUGCUCGCCGCGCACCUCAUCAAAGUGCUGUCGUGCGGCUCGGCGGGCGGCGGGGCGGGCGGCGGCGCGGGCGACGGGGGCGCGCGCGCGCGGCGCUACGUGGGGCUGUACACGGGCCCGUACUUCGACCCCGCGGCGCCCAACAACCUCACGGCGCAGCUGGGCACGCACGCCUACCUGCCGUGCAAGGUGCGCCAGCUGAGCAACAAGUCGGUGUCGUGGAUCCGGCGCCGCGACGCGCACAUCCUCACCGUGGACCGCUUCACCUUCAUCGCGGACGAGCGCUUCCAGGCGUUCCUGGUGGAGGCCACGGACACCUGGACGCUGCAGGUCAAGUACGUGCAGGCGCGCGACGCCGGCGUCUACGAGUGCCAGGUGGGCACGGAGCCCAAGAUGAGCCACUUCGUGCAGCUCAACGUCGUCGUGCCCAAGAUCGAGAUCGUGGGCGAGGCGGACCUGUACGUGAAGGCGGGCAGCACGGUGAGCCUCAAGUGCGUCAUCACGCAGGCGCUGGAGGAGCCCGCCUACAUCUUCUGGUACCACAACGACGAGCGCGUGCUCAACUACGACCGCAGCCUCGUGGAGAUCCGCAUGGAGCGGCGCGCGCCCGACACCACGGUCGGCAACCUGAUCAUCUACAACCCGCGGCGCGAGGACUCCGGCAACUACUCGUGCUCGCCCUCCAACCUGGACUCCGCCUCCGUAGUGCUGCAUGUGCUCAGCGGCGAGCAGCCCGCUGCCAUGCAGCACGGCAACGUCGCCGCCGCGCCGCGCGCCGCGCCCGCGCUGCUCGCCGCGCUGCUCGUCGCGCCGCGCGCCGCGCCCGCCUUGCUCGCCGCACUACUCGCCGCGCUGCGUGCCGCGCUCGCGCUGCUUGUACUUCUCCAGUGCCACGACGAGGACGCGCCGAAAUAGCGCCCGUCGAGCCGGGCCUCGCCGUGCCGGGCCUCGCCACGCUGGGCCUCUCCACGCCGGGCCUUGCCAAUCUGGGCUUCGCGGCGCCGGGCUUCGCCACACUGGGUCGUGCCGUGCUACCGCGAGCGAUAAAACGCCCCCCG